AUGAUUCAACCGCAAACCCGUUUGAAUGUAGCAGAUAAUAGUGGAGCCCGAGAAUUGAUGUGCAUACGAAUCAUAGGGACUAGUAAUCGACGAUAUGCUCAUAUUGGUGACGUUAUCGUUGCUGUUAAAAAUCCAAAGGGAACUCGAAUUUUUGGUGCGAUCGCACGAGAGUUGAGACAGUUAAAUUUUACUAAAAUAGUUUCAGUAGCGCCUGAAGUAUUUUAA